CAAAUUUUAGUGCCUUUUUUCUCUCUUUAUUUUGAGCCUUUUUUUUUUCUUUCACUUUCCUAAACAAGAUGGCAUCCAGCAACUCCUUUCGAACCGAACGCGAUACCUUUGGCGAGCUUAAAGUGCCUUCCAACGUCUACUGGGGCGCACAGACCCAGCGAUCCCUGCAAAAUUUUGAGAUUGGCGGCUCGAGCGAAAGAAUGCCCCCAGCAUUGAUCAGGGCUUUUGGUAUCUUAAAAAAGGCAGCGGCUCUGAUCAAUGUAGGUUAUGGCCUCGAUAAAAAGUUGGCCGAUGCUAUUGUUCAGGCCGCAGACGAGGUCAUUGACGGCAAACUCAUGGACCACUUCCCACUGGUGGUUUGGCAAACGGGAUCGGGUACCCAAACUCACAUGAAUGUGAACGAGGUUCUUUCCAACCGUGCCAUUGAAUUAUUGGGUGGCGAACUUGGAAGUAAAACGCCUGUGCAUCCCAACGACCAUGUAAAUAUGAGCCAGUCAUCCAAUGAUACAUUUCCAACGGCAAUGCAUAUCGCUGCUGUGUGUGAAAUCAAUGAUCAGUUGGUUCCCGCAUUGACAGCCUUGCGUGACGCAUUGGAUGCCAAAUCGAAAGAAUUUUCGGAUAUUAUCAAAAUUGGACGAACUCACCUGCAGGACGCCACUCCGCUUACCCUGGGUCAGGAGUUCUCGGGCUAUGUCCAACAACUUACGUAUGGCAUUGAGCGUAUCAAGGCCACCCUUCCUCGUCUGUCCCGUCUGGCUCAAGGUGGUACAGCCGUAGGCACAGGUUUGAAUACGCGAAAAGGUUUUGACGUGAAGAUUGCGGAGACGGUGUCUCAAUUGACCGGCUAUUCGUUUGAAACGGCUCCUAACAAGUUUGAAGCGUUGGCCAGCAAUGACGCGAUUGUUGAAUGUUCCGGUGCUCUCAAUACUGUGGCUGUCUCUUUAAUGAAGAUUGCCAACGAUAUCCGCUGGCUCGGUUCGGGUCCCCGUUGUGGACUCGGUGAAUUAUCGUUGCCAGAGAAUGAACCUGGCUCGUCCAUCAUGCCGGGCAAAGUCAAUCCCACGCAAUGCGAAGCAAUGACCAUGGUAUGCGCUCAGGUGAUGGGAAAUAAUACUACUAUCUCCAUUGCAGGCAGCCAAGGACAAUUCGAACUGAAUGUUUUCAAGCCGGUGCUUAUCAAAAACCUGCUUCAAUCGAUUACCUUACUUUCGGACGCUUCUCGAUCGUUCACCAAGAAUACCGUGGUCGGUAUUCAAGCCAACCGUGAUAAGAUUAAUACGAUCAUGAACGAGUCUCUUAUGUUGGUCACUUCGCUCAACCCCAAGAUUGGCUAUGACAAAGCAGCACAAUGUGCGAAAAAAGCACAUAAAGAAGGCACUACUUUGAAAGAAGCAGCAUGCUCUCUUGGCUUCCUGACGGAGAAGGAAUUUGACGAAUGGGUCAGACCUGAAAAGAUGAUUUCUCCAGAAUAAAUUUUUUUUGGAU